GGUGGGGGGCCAAGAGGCACGUGCGCGGGGAAGAAAGAGAGACCUUCGCGGCCCCGGCUGCCCUCUGAGAGGAAAUCGUCCCCCGGAGGGAGCAGUUUCUCUUCUGCCUCUUCUGGAAAGGACGCCUAGAGGCUUCGUCCUGCCCCCUCCCGCCCCCCGCCGGGUUAAAGUUUUGUGACUUCAGGCGCUUUUAUGACUUCACCCGCUUGGCGGGUCGUAGUAACCCCUAUGAGCUGGCGCGGCCUCUCUGCCUCCAUGCCUGGUGGCGGGGAGAGGGAGCCGUUAAUCCCGCGGGGCGGCCGCUGGUGGCGCAGGAUGCCCUGCUUCACGAAAGGCGCGGCCUUCAUCCCCACGCUGCUGGUCUCCUGGUCGUCGGCUGCCUUCCUCGUCUCCUACGCGAUCGCCGUGCUCAGCGGCCAUGUGGAGCCGCUCUUCCCGUACAUCAGUGAUACAGGAGCAAAACCUCCAGAAAGUGGUAUCUUUGGAUUUAUGGUUAAUGUUUCUGCAUUCCUAGGUGCAGUUACAAUGUAUACAAAAUAUUUAAUUGUAAAGAAGCAAAAUGAUGUGACACAUUUUGUUUCCCCUUAUUUCAACUCAUUGACAUUAUAUGUUGGAGUUCUGGGUUGUAUUGGAAUGGGCAUUGUUGCAAGUUUUCAGGAAUUAGCGGUUCCUUCCGUCCACGAUGGAGGAGCUCUUUUGGCUUUUGUCUCUGGUGCUCUGUACAUUCUUCUUCAGACAAUUAUCUCUUACAAAUCACGUCCACAGUGGAGUACUCCAUGUUUAUGUCACACAAGAUUAUUCCUCUCCUUAAUGACUUGGGUAGCUGUCAUUCCCAUGAUUGUAUGUGCUUCAUUAAUAUCCAUAACAAAAAUAGAUUGGAAUCCAGGUGAAAAGGUAAACAUUUACUAGAGUAGUCCAUGGCUAUUUGCUUCUCACCCAAAGGCCAGGAAUGGAAGGUUGUCAGUCUAAUAUUCAGAACAAAAGGACACUUUGCCAGAACUACUUGCAAAUCUGAGUCUGACCAGGUAUGCCUCACGCAACCUAUAUUGAUAGAAAUGCAUUUUUUAAAAUAAUCAUUGACUAAAGUGCUCUGAAGAGACGUCCAUGCACACACAUGGUUAAAAUAAUAUCAUCUGGUCUGACAGACCGUUUGGGACUACUCUUCCUAGAAUUUUCUCUCUGAUUGGAGAAAACUGAAAUACGCUUUUGCAGAGAAUAGAUGCAUAAUAUCUCAGCAACCUAACAGUAGUGUUGUUAUCACAAUGUUCUUUUAAUUUGUUUUUAAUGGUAAUUGUGGUUGUUUUAUUGAUUGUUAGCUGCCCAGAGUCAUCUAUCAGUUGAGCAACCAUAUAAAUCUAUAGAGCCAGUCUGGUGUAGUGGUUAAGGCAUCAGGCUAAAGACCAAGAGACUGUGAGUUCUAGUCCCACCUUAGGCACAAAGCCAGCUGGAUGACCUUGGGCCAGUCACACACUCUCAGCCUUAGGAAGCAGGCAAUGGCAAACUACUUUGAAAUCUUGCCAGGAAAACUGCAGGAACCUCUCCAGGCAGUUGCCAGGAGUCUACAAUGACUUGAAAGC